AUGUAUCAACAUGAAUCAGCCGAAUCUAGCGAUGACAGCCAGGAUGAAUGCAAAUCCACGAGGAUAUCCCCGGUAAGCGAACCAAUAUCUCCUCCAAUGUGUGCCGCUGCUGCUACAUCUGCACCGUCAGAGUUGCAUUCCCCAUCGACACGAGUUAUGCAAAAUUUUAUUAUUGUCAGACUUGAUGCCAAUGCCAACGAGAACAGCAAAUCUUUUCGAAAAUUUUUGACACAACUUCGAAAGAGUUAUACCACACUAAAAGAAUUCAGUAAUGUUGAUGAGUGUAUCGAAUAUAUCAAGAGCGUCAAAGAUGAGAAAAUUUUUUUAAUUACUUCUGGUUCGCUUGGCGAAAAAAUGGUGCCUACCAUACACGAUCUGGCUCAACUUCGUUCCAUCUUUAUUUACUGCAAAAACACAGCUCAUCACAAAGAAUGGGCGCAACAGUGGCCAAAGAUUACAGGUGUCCACAGUGCAAUAGAUUCAAUAUCCAAACAUUUACCAAAAUUUAUACGCGAAUCCGACCAGGACGCAAUAUCAAUGAGUUUCAUUCCAAAGUCAAUAAUGUCGGCAGCAUCAUCGAAGCAACAAAAUCUUAUUAAAUUGGAGACGACUUACCAAUAUUCUGCGCUUCUCAAGCAGAUCGUAUUGGAAACUGAUGAAAAUGAUACUAAAUGCAUGGAAGACUUCGUGGCCUAUUGUUGUCAGUGUCAGGAGAGUGCUUCGAAAUUCACAACGGAAGAGUUCAAGCACAUAUACAAAGAAAAAUCGUCAAUCUGGUGGUACACAUCUGCAACAUUCAUCUCCAGCAUUCUCAAUCGUGCCCAACAAAUGUCUGACAUGAAAGCUAUGCUAAAAAUGACUUUUUUUAUCCAAAAUUUACAUCAUCAACUGAAACUACUGCACGAACAACAAGCAAGUGACUUUUCACAACAGUUUAUUGUGUACCGUAGUCAGAGAUUCUCUCAAGAGGACUUUCAGCGUCUAUCCAAUGCGAAAGGUGGACUAAUGUCGUUUAACAAUUUUUUAUCGACUACUAAAGAAAAACCUGUAGCCAAGAAGUUUGCAAAACGUGUCUUGCAUACGAAUAACAAGAUCGUGAGCGUGAUUUUUAUUAUGACAAUUGAUCCAAAUAAAAUAUCACCUUCGACAACUCCAUUUGCACUGAUCGGCAAUGACAGUGCCUUUCGACAAGACAACGAAAUUCUAUUUACAAUCCAUACUGUUUUUCAUGUGGAUAAAAUCCAAGAGAUAGGACACCAGAAUAGACUUUACGAAGUUUAUUUGACUAUUGCAGACGACAGUGAUCCACAACUAGCUGCUAUUAAUAGCCACUUGAUAGAGAAAAUCGAUGGAAAUGGAUGGUAUCGAAUGGGCGAACUUAUGCUUCAAGUGGGCAACUUCAGUCAAGCUAAAGAACUCUACAAUGAAUUACUGAAGAACGUUUCGAAUGACAAUGAAAAAGGGCUCAUCUAUAAGACAUUGGGAAAGGCAAAACUGAAACAACAAGAAUACCAACAAGCAGCUUCACUUUGGGAAGAGUCUCUUCAAUUUUACAUGAAAGCUCUUCCGCAAGAUCAUCCUGAUUUGGCUGCUUUGCACCAUGACAUCGGUCAGGUGUACAACAUGUUAGGUGACAAUGUGAAAGCACUGGAGUAUUAUAAUAAUGAAAUUAGAAUUAGAGAAGAAGCGCAAUCUUCAAAUCAUCCUGAUUUGGCUCUUGUCUACAGCAACAUCAGUCUUUUAUAUAGCAAAACGCGCGAAUAUUCGAAAGCGCUUCAAUACGCAGAAAAAGCUUAUCAAAUUAACGAAGAAGCACAUUUGAAACAUGAUCCCGAUUUAGCUACACCGUACUUCAAUAUUGGAAUUGCGCAUGACCGCAUUAAUGAAUACGAAAAAGCACUGGAAUUUUAUAGGAGAGCACUCAAAAUAAGAAAAACAGCCUUGCCACCGAAUCAUCUCGAUUUAGCUCUUGUCUAUACCAAAAUCAGUGUUGUAUAUAAGAACAUGGGUGACCAUUCGAAAGCACUUGACUAUGCAGAAAGAGCUCAUAAGAUAAACGAAAAAGAACUUGCGCAACAUGGUUCUAAUCUGGCUGAUUCGUGUAGCAACCUGGGGCUUGCAUAUGAUAACAUGAAAAACUAUUCAAAAGCACUUGAAUUUUACGAAAAAGCGCUCAAAAUAAAACAAACGACUUUGCCAUCAAAUCAUCCCGAUGUGGCUAAUUCCUACAGCCACAUUAGCCUUGUAUAUAGCAUCAUGGGUGACUAUGAAGCAGCAAUUGUAUAUGCAGAAAAAGCUUGUAAAAUUAAAGAAAAAGUACUGUCUUCGAAUCAUCCUGAUUUGGCUACUGCUUAUUAUAGCACUGCGCUUGCGUACGACAACAUGAAACAAUAUCCAAAAGCAUUGGAAUUUUAUAAAAAAGCGCUCAAAAUAAGAGAAACAGCGUUGCCACCGAAUCAUCCCGAUUUGGCUCUUGCCUACAACAUCAUGAGCCUUGCAUGUAUCAAGAUGAAUCAGAAAGAAAAAGCACUUCGAUAUGCGAAAGAUGCUCAUAAAAUUAGAGAACAAUCGCUGCCUUUGAAUCACCUUGAUCUGGCUAAUUCAUACUACAACAUUGGAUAUUUGCAUGAAAAAAUGAAGAAAUAUUCGAAGGCAUUGAGAUUUUAUGAACGCGCUGCUGCAGAGGCAGAACUUUCACAGCCUUUCAAUCCCGCGCACGUUAAAUUGUACCAAGAGCAUUACAAGAAUAUGAAAAAGAAAAUCAAACCUCAUUCGGAUUAG